AUCUGAAUUGCGUGGGAGGGGACGCGUUGAAUGUGUUUUCAGUUGCAGCCAAUAUAGGACAAGAAUAUUGCAGACAUCUUCAUCGCCCCAUUAUCUUGCUUUAAAUAAGCAUCCAUACAGUUUAAUUUUAGGCAGUAGCCUAAAGUUUCGGAUUUCUGCUGCAAAAUGUUAACCGUUUUUGAGAAAUCCAUCGGUAAACCUCCGCAAGAACUGUCACUUCCGCUUGCAGGGAGCUCCGGCUUAAAAAAUACUCGCCAAGAAAUCGCAGAAAUAUUCCGUUCAUGGAGGUCAGAUUCAACAUUUUACAACUUUCGAAACGGGAACUUCUUGGCUUUGUCUCGUGAAGAUCAAAAUCCAGUGCAUCCAAGGUCUAUUGUGGUUAUGGAUGAUAUUUUCUGCAUUUUCUCCGGGGCUUUGGAUAAUACUUGUGAUCUCCGACGAUAUUACGGCCUUUCGAGACAGGCAACGGAAGCCAUGAUAAUCAUAGAGGCUUAUAAAGUGUUAAGAGAUCGAGCACCCUAUCCUCCUGAUCAAGUUAUCAAAGAACUUGAAGGGAAAUUUGCUUUCAUUUUAUUUGAUUCAAAAGCUUCAGUCCUCCUCCUAGCCAGGGACCGUGAUGGUAGUGUACAACUCCACUGGGGGACUGCAGCAGAUGGAUCCUUAGUUUGCUCUGAUGAUCCCAAUCUCAUCUCAGCUGCUUGUGGAAAAUGCUAUACGCCUUUCCCUCCUGGCUGUAUCUUUAUGAGUGGUACUGGCUUGAUUUGUUUUGAUCAUCCACUUCAUAAGGUAAGAGCAAUUGCACGAGAGGACGAUGAAGGAAAUACUGGGGCUGUCAUUUUUCAAGUGGACUUGUUUACAAGACUUCCCAGCAUUCCCCGGACGGGUAGUGCAGCAAAUUGGGCAGGUGCCACUGCUGUUGAAGGAGAAUAAAACCACCCCAGGGCUUCCUUUUCUCAUGUAAUUUCAACAUCUUCAGAGCAUGGUUUAAAUUUCUUUCUUUAUUUUUUUUUUCUGUGGGUUGUUCUUCUAUUUUUGCUUUGGAAUCUUUAAUCAAUUUGUUUGGAAUGAAUUAAGUUUGAGUUGAGCCUAUCAAUUUAUGAAUA